UGUCAGGACUGGAGGAUGUCUGUGCUGAAGGAACGCUCCAACUAACUCUGGAUUUGCCGCUGGGCUCAGUCUCGUGUCCCGCCAUUCCUCUUCAGCCUAGGAGGCCCGGCGGCUCCAUCCCCGGUCUCCUGGGUCCCUUGGCUUGGGGCUCUUGCUCUAGGGCUCCUUGCUGCUUCCCCCCCCCCCCAAAAAAAAAAAAAACCCUCCACUUUCAGCCCGAGCCGGGACCCUAGCAGCAGGCACUCAUGGGCAAGAGGUCUGAAGUUUACUCCGUGGAGAUCCAUGGGACUAAGGAUAUCGAGAAGACUGUCGAGGGGGAUGCUGAGGAAAAGUACAGGGACCUGAAAAAGAAUCCGUUCAGGCGCAAGAAGAAGGACUCUCAGAAAGAAGACUUGAAGAAAGAGCUUGUUCUGAAUGACCACAAACUCAGCACUAAAGAAUUGGAAGAAAAGUACAGUACAAGCAUCACCAGAGGUCUCACCAGUGAAAAAGCAGCAGAGAUCCUGGCCCGCGAUGGCCCUAAUGCCCUCACCCCACCCAGAAAAACUCCAGAAAUCAUCAAAUUCCUCAAGCAGAUGGUGGGGGGAUUCUCCACACUGCUCUGGGUUGGGGCCAUCCUCUGCUGGAUUGCAUUUGGGAUUCAGUUUGCCGAGGACCAUUCUACCUCUCUGGACAAUCUGUAUCUUGGUGUGGUUCUCGCCUUGGUCGUCAUCCUCACCGGGAUCUUUGCUUAUUACCAAGAAGCCAAGAGCACCAAUAUCAUGGCCAGUUUCAGUAAAAUGAUUCCCCAGAAAGCUCUUGUCAUCCGAGAAGGCGAGAAAAAGGAGGUUCCUGCAGACCAGCUGGUGGUAGGGGAUGUAGUGGAGAUAAAAGGAGGAGACCGGAUCCCUGCUGAUAUCCGACUGAUUGCUACUCAGGGGUGCAAGGUGGAUAACUCAUCUCUCACGGGAGAAUCAGAACCUCAAUCACGCUCCUGUGAUUUCACCCAUGAAAACCCCCUAGAAACAAAGAACAUUGGAUUUUACUCCACCACUUGCCUGGAAGGUACAGCCACGGGUGUCGUCAUCAGCACAGGCGACCGAACCAUCAUUGGGCGGAUUGCUUCAUUGGCCUUAAGAGUGGGGAAUGAAAAGACCCCUAUCGCCAUUGAGAUUGAACACUUUGUCCACAUCGUGGCAGGAGUGGCCAUCUCCAUUGGCAUCCUCUUCUUCAUCAUUGCUGUGUCCAUGAAGUACCGAGUUCUGGAGUCCAUCAUCUUCCUCAUCGGUAUUAUUGUGGCCAAUGUGCCUGAGGGUCUCCUAGCCACUGUCACUGUGAGCUUGUCAUUGACAGCGAAACAGAUGGCCAAGAAGAACUGCCUGGUGAAGAACCUGGAGGCGGUGGAGACAUUGGGUUCCACCUCCAUCAUAUGCUCAGACAAGACAGGGACCCUCACUCAGAAUAGGAUGACUGUUGCCCACCUUUGGUUUGACAAUCAGAUCUACUUGGCUGACACCAGUGAAGAACAGACAGCUCAAGUCUUUGACCAAAGUUCUGGGACCUGGGCUGCCUUAUCUAAAAUUAUCACCCUGUGCAACCGGGCGGAAUUCAGACCAGGCCAGGAAAGCAUCCCAAUCAUGAAGAAAGUGGUGGUGGGAGAUGCUUCUGAAACUGCUCUGCUGAAGUUCUCUGAAGUCAUCCUGGGAGAUGUGAUGGGGAUAAGACAGCGAAACCACAAAGUGUCUGAAAUCCCUUUUAAUUCAACAAACAAAUUCCAGCUCUCCAUUCAUGAGACUGAAGACCAGGAUGACAGACGCCUCCUGCUGGUGAUGAAAGGGGCUCCUGAGCGGAUCCUGGAGAGGUGCAGCACAAUCAUGAUCAAUGGACAGGAGCAGCCACUGGAUGAAGGCACCACAGAAUCCUUCCAGACAGCAUACAUGGAACUGGGUGGCCUAGGGGAGAGAGUGCUGGGUUUCUGUCAUUUGUUCCUGCCAAAGGAUGAGUUUCCGAACACCUACUCCUUCAACACAGAAACCAUGAACUUCCCCACCUCUAAUCUCUGCUUCGUGGGGCUCCUGUCCAUGAUUGAUCCUCCUCGUUCCACUGUUCCUGAUGCUGUCACCAAGUGUCGCAGUGCUGGGAUCAAGGUUAUCAUGGUUACUGGUGAUCAUCCAAUCACAGCAAAAGCCAUUGCCAAAAGCGUGGGCAUCAUUUCUGCUAACAGUGAGACAGUAGAGGACAUCGCAAAGCGCCUCAACAUUCCUGUGGAGCAGGUCAACAAAAGGGAUGCCAAAGCUGCUGUGGUGAAUGGAAUGGAGUUGAAGGACAUGAGCUCAGAGCAGCUGGACGAACUCUUGGUUAACCACUCGGAGAUUGUCUUUGCCCGCACGUCUCCCCAGCAGAAGUUGAUCAUCGUGGAAGGCUGUCAGAGACAGGAUGCAGUUGUGGCAGUGACUGGUGAUGGAGUCAAUGAUUCCCCAGCUCUGAAGAAGGCAGACAUUGGAAUUGCAAUGGGCAUUUCAGGUUCAGAUGCAGCCAAAAAUGCAGCUGACAUGGUCCUGCUGGAUGACAACUUUGCCUCCAUAGUCACAGGUGUAGAGGAAGGUCGUCUGAUCUUUGACAAUCUUAAGAAGACCAUUGCUUAUACCCUGACCAAGAACAUUGCUGAGCUCUGCCCCUUCCUCAUUUUCAUUAUGGCUGGCAUCCCCCUGCCCAUUGGCACCAUCACCAUCUUGUUCAUCGAUCUGGGCACUGACAUUAUUCCCUCAAUUGCCCUGGCCUAUGAAAAAGCUGAAAGUGACAUCAUGAACCGGAAGCCACGUCACAAGAAGAGAGACAGAUUGGUGAAUCAGCAGCUAGCCGUUUACUCCUACCUGCACAUUGGAAUCAUCCAAGCCAUUGGAGCCUUUCUGGUGUACUUCACUGUCUACGCAGAGCAGGGUUUCAGACCCGAACGGCUCAUUGACUUGCGAGUAGAAUGGGAAAAGGACAGUUUAAAUGACCUGGAAGACAGCUAUGGCCAGGAAUGGACGCGUUAUCAGCGCAAGUACCUGGAAUGGACAGGCUACACAGCCUUCUUCGUUGGCAUCAUGGUUCAACAGUUAGCAGAUUUGAUCAUCAGGAAGACCCGGAGGAAUUCCAUCUUCCAGCAAGGUCUUUUCAGAAAUAAAGUCAUCUGGAUCGGGAUCGUUUCCCAGGUGGUCAUCGCUUUGAUCCUUUCAUAUGGGCUUGGAAGUGUUGCAGCCUUGAACUUCACAAUGCUUCGGGUGCAGUACUGGUUUGUGGCUGUGCCAUAUGCCAUUUUGAUUUGGGUCUAUGAUGAGGUCCGUAAGCUUCUCAUCCGACUUUACCCAGGAAGCUGGUGGGAUAAGAACAUGUAUUACUGAAAACACCUUCGUCCCAAAGAGAAUGAUGUCUCAUUGGUGGCAUCCUCCAACAACCUCUCACCAGCCAUGCUGGAAUUCUCUUGUGCAAUAUGAACACCAUCAAAGCUCCCUGUAUGAAGAAAUCUGUUGGCGAGAUGCCAUCUGACAUUGUACUGUAAAACUGAGAUGUGGUGAUUUGUAGAUUAUGUAUUUUCCCCCAUGUUGUUUAAACUGUACAUUUCCAGGUAGAAGGGGGAAGGAACAAACCCUGUUAUAUAUGUACAUAAUAAGUAACCACAGUUUUAAUGUGACUGUAAAGCAUUAACUUGCACUAUGUUUAAGACCAUUCUGUUGUUUGGUACAAUCUGUGCAGCACCUGAAGGCCUGCAGAAGGCCUAUUUUAAAGUAAAGGGCAUUUUACAAAU